UGACGUGGACACGGAAGUGGUCGUCGUCGCGGCUGCACCGGUGGGAGCGGGGCGCCGGGCUCAGAGUGCAGCGGGUGGUCGGACAGACGGCAGCGUCUCGCACCUGUGGCGCCGGCGGAGGCAGGCGUUGUUGGUUGCGUGCGAGUCCGCUGAGCUGACGAGCGGCUUCUCAGCCCCUUUUCUGCCGGUCGGAGCCCCGGAGCCCAGACCGCUUAGCCGGCGUCACCAUGACCAAGGCCGGUAGCAAGGGCGGGAACCUCCGCGACAAGUUGGACGGCAAUGAGCUGGACCUGAGCCUCAGCGAUCUGAAUGAGGUCCCCGUCAAGGAGCUGGCUGCCCUCCCAAAGGCCACCAUCCUCGAUCUGUCCUGCAAUAAACUGACUAGUCUACCGGCGGACUUCUGUGGCCUCACACACCUGGUGAAGCUGGACCUGAGUAAGAACAGGCUGCAGCAGCUGCCGGCGGACUUUGGCCGUCUGGUCAACCUCCAGCACCUGGACCUCCUCAACAACAAGCUGGUGACCCUGCCCGUCAGCUUUGCUCAGCUCAAGAGCCUAAAGUGGCUGGACCUGAAGGAUAACCCCCUGGACCCUGUCCUUGCCAAAGUGGCAGGGGACUGCUUGGACGAGAAGCAGUGUAAGCAGUGUGCCAACAAGGUGUUACAGCACAUGAAGGCCGUGCAGGCCGAUCAGGAGCGAGAGAGGCAGCGGCGGCUGGAAGUAGAACGAGAGGCUGAGAAGAAGCGGGAGGCCAAGCAGCGAGCGAAGGAGGCUCAGGAGCGGGAGCUGCGCAAGCGGGAGAAGGCAGAAGAGAAGGAGCGCCGGAGGAAGGAGUACGACGCCCUCAAAGCCACCAGGCGGGAGCAGGAGAAGAAGCCCAAGAAGGAAACAAAUCAGGCUCCCAAAUCAAAGUCCGGCUCUCGGCCCCGCAAGCCACCCCCCCGGAAACACGCCAGGUCCUGGGCGGUGCUGAAGCUGCUGCUGCUGCUGCUGCUGUGUGUGGCCGGCGGGCUGGUGGCCUGUCGGGUGACGGAGCUGCGGCGGCAGCCCCUGUGUGUCAGCGUGAACACCCUCUACGACAACGUGGUCCGGGGCCUGCGCAGCCACGACCUCUUGCGGUGGGUGCUGCAGGCUGACUCCCAGCAGUGAGCCCGUGCCCUCGCCCGCUGCCUCCCAGCCUCGGAGCUCGCGUUCCUAUGGAAUUGGGUUCUGCUGGACACAACCUCUUUUUGGCGUCCGACCUACCUGCCAUCAUCAAGUGGCUGCCGAUUGGUACUCGAGAUCCCGUCUUUGUAGGACUUCUUUGUCCCUCGGUCAGGGUUCCCGGGUGGAACGAGAAGUGAGACGUGGGGACAGUUACCUGCAUGCCUAAAGGAACGAGCUUGGGGUGGGGAGAGGGAAAAAUAGCCUUUUCUAGUUCUACAAAGCUGGGUAAAGGCAAGGCUCGUUUCUACUAAACGGUCAGGUCAGCUCUUACUACAUUUAUACUUUUGUAUGUCACAAACCCUUUCUUUCAUUCCACCCUGGGCAGCCAGGGCCGAUCAGGAGGCAGUGUGAUAUUGGGGGUUAAGGGAACACCAUACUCAGCAAAUCUAGCCGAAACUGGGAGGGGUGGGGGGAUACCUAUUUUCUUAAGGACCUCAGACAUUUUUAAUGACUAUAUAAAAUCUCAGGCUGUGAAAGGGAUUGCAGGACCGUCCCGUCCAAUAUAGAACACUCGCAGACAGGGAAACUGAGGCCGUCCAUGACUUGCUUACGGUCUCCCAGCUAGUUUGAGGCAGAACUGAACUCCUGCUCCAGUAGCUUCUCCUAUCAUUUUGCUUCCUUGCUGUCGUCGGGAGGGAACAGAAGUCACACCAGAAUGGAAUGUCUUGCAGCUGGGGGGUAGGACCUCUGAUGGUAGAUAGCUUCAUGCCCCACAAACAGAGCCCAUAGCCGUGAGGGUGCCUAGCUACUCCUCCCGAGGCCUGCCCCGGCUCAUGUGGCUUUCACAGAAUGGGGACAGUCCAGGCUCUGUCAGAGUUUCAGAGCAUUAACCCCGAUUGCCAGUACGCACGGAGGUGGACCACGGCAAAGCCAUAUUGUCUAGGACAGCUGUUGGUAGUUGGUGUGACAAAGUCAGCCAAAGGCAACCUGAAAACUCAAGUUUGAUGGAGACGGACAUCUAGGACAACUAGAGUUGUUUGGCUCUAGACCUAGAACCACCUCCACACUAAAGGAAGCGAGAAGCACUGUGGAGUUUAAAAGUGGUGCGCUCCCUAGUGACCAGCACGGACAGUGGCAGGCCAGUCCGUCCUCCCAUCAGCCAGAUUAAGCCUCUGCUUGCUCUGUGGCCUCCUUGGCCUCUCUCACACAAGCUGGAGGAAGGGGUAAGAAGUGGGCCUCAUGGUGCUCAUUCACGGAAAACUCCCAGUUCUGAGCUGCUUGUCUCUCCCUCAGGAGAAUGAGAACCCGUCAUGGCUCAGAGACAGUGGGGUCCGGCGGUGUUGGCCCUGCUGGCUCGUUUGGACAGGGCGGCCACUUGUGACUGGCCUCAUGUCAGAAGUGACUUGUUCCUUUCUCCCACCCCCCCAGAUAGCUGUGCUGCAAAAGCCCACACCUUACUCCGAAUCACUACACAUUCCUUAGUCUUCCUUCAAGCUCCAGAGCCAGGGUACAAACACUUUAUUGAAACUACACAGUACAUAACAGGAGUCCCCAUGCAGGGGCUGGCUGAGGGUGACAGGAAGGCAGGGUGCGCCCAGCCCCAGUCAGGCUGACCCGCUGAGGGAAGUUCACUUGUGAUCUCGAGAUUUGAUGUUGAGGUUCUUCUGGAUUUCUACAGUUAAUAAAUACGUGUCUGAGUGGUC